AGGCCGCAUGUUGUAUGAUUGGCGCCCAUCAAUCGGUGAACUGACGGUCGAGAAAGGCAAGUACAGUAGGAUUGCAAACUUUUCUCCCAAAAUCAUUUCUUUCAACAUCUUCGAGAUUCACAGUGCAUUCAUCAAUCGCCACUCCGAUGAAGGUUGUGCCGGCAAUUUUCAAACUUGAUACCAUUGACCCUGCAGAUUCAGUGGAGUUUUGUCCACAUCCCGCUGCUUCGAAUGUCGUUGUUUGCGGGACGUACAAACUCCAGCAAGCCGAUCCCGAGUGUUCUGUUGACAUCCAGGAUGUGCAGGAGGAGCCAUUCUCAGUGGGACAGAAGAGAACAGGAAAAUGUCUGGCCUUUGAAGUUGCCAAUGGAGAUCAACUUAACCAGAUUCAGGAGAUUUCCCUCCCUGCUGUGCCGGACAUGAAGUGGUGUCACAGAGAUGUAUCUGUAAACCCUGUGCUGGGCAUAGCAGACUCCGAAGGCAAUGUUUCUCUUUAUGAAAUGAAAAUCGACGAUAAACGAUUUUCUCAAGUACAGUCUCUUCGCAUCGCUCCCUCGCAUGUCCUCUGCUUAUCUCUCGAUUGGUCAAAUCGGAGAACACCUUCAAGCGGCCUGGGAUCUCUGGUUGUAUCCUUGUCGGACGGUUCGCUAGCCCUUCUGGUUCCCGGCCAGUCUGGACUUUCGCCCGAACAUAUCUGGCAUGCGCAUGAUUUCGAGCCAUGGAUCGCAGCAUGGAAUUAUUGGGAUAUAAAUAUUAUAUACUCAGGUGGGGAUGACCUGAAAAUGAAAGCAUGGGAUAUCCGAUCAGGAUUCACACAGCCCGUAUUCACCAACAAGAGAUUCGAUGCCGGUGUUACGACUAUUCAGAGUCAUCCUUUUGUCGAACAUCUUCUGGCAGUAGGCAGUUACGACAAUACUGUCAGACUAUUUGAUGCACGGAAACCUCUGACACCUUUAACUCAAGUCGAUGUGGGCGGAGGCGCAUGGCGCGUGAAAUGGCAUCCUUCAAAAAAGCGAAAGGACGACCUACUCGUCGCAUGCAUGCACAAUGGCUGCAAAGUCAUACAUUUCAAUCUAACAGGUAACGGUCUAGCAGAAGGUGGUGAAGUCAUCCAACAUUUCGAUAAACACAAAUCCAUGGCAUAUGGUGCCGACUGGUCGUACACGGAGGAAAACACAAACCAAGAAACUCUAGUGGCUAGCUGUUCUUUCUACGAUCAUGUCCUAUAUACGUGGCGCGCAUGAUCAAGCAGAUUUAGAUAUCUAGGGGUAUCAAAUCGAGCAAAUUCUAUGUUUUUGUUUGCUGGGUAUCAGGAGGGGGAGAGGAUUCGCGAGGUGAGCUUGAAUCAAGGAGUGUGGCAGUA